GUGCCGCGCUCAGAUAGAUUUUCGCAAGCGAGGAGUGAACAUUGCACAAACGUGUGACCAAAGUGAUAACACUGCGAUUCAAUAGCGAGGGAUAUAUAAGAAGUAAACGAAACAUAAGUGAUAAAAAAUGGCGAAGGCUCCAGCAAUAGGAAUCGAUUUAGGCACCACGUAUUCUUGCGUGGGUGUUUUCCAGCAUGGAAAGGUCGAGAUCAUCGCUAACGAUCAAGGAAACCGUACAACACCGAGUUAUGUCGCCUUCACGGACACCGAAAGAUUGAUCGGCGAUGCGGCCAAAAAUCAGGUCGCGAUGAAUCCUACCAACACCAUUUUCGAUGCAAAGAGGUUGAUCGGGCGUCGCUUCGACGAUGUAACUGUCCAGAGUGACAUGAAACACUGGCCGUUCACCGUGGUGAGCGACGGAGGCAAGCCAAAGAUUCAGGUUAACUACAAAGGGGAAGCUAAGACCUUCUUCCCUGAAGAAGUAUCAUCAAUGGUACUCACGAAGAUGAAGGAAACCGCUGAAGCGUAUUUAGGAAAGACUGUUACCAAUUCUGUGAUCACCGUUCCCGCUUAUUUCAACGAUUCCCAAAGACAGGCCACGAAAGAUGCCGGAGUGAUAUCUGGCUUGAACGUAUUGCGAAUAAUCAACGAGCCAACUGCUGCGGCCAUUGCAUACGGUUUGGACAAGAAGACUGCAGGAGAGAAGAAUGUCUUAAUCUUCGACUUGGGUGGUGGAACCUUUGACGUGUCGAUUUUGACCAUUGAAGAUGGCAUCUUUGAAGUGAAAUCGACAGCUGGUGACACUCAUCUCGGCGGAGAGGACUUCGAUAAUCGUAUGGUGAACCACUUCGUUCAGGAGUUCAAGAGGAAAUACAAGAAAGACUUGAGCACCAAUAAGAGAGCCCUUAGGCGUUUGAGAACCGCAUGUGAAAGAGCGAAAAGAACUCUGAGCUCGUCGACACAGGCAAGCAUAGAGAUUGAUUCGUUGUUCGAGGGCAUUGACUUCUACACGUCGAUCACCCGAGCAAGAUUCGAAGAAUUAUGCGCCGAUCUGUUCAGAGGUACACUGGAACCUGUAGAGAAAGCUCUGAGGGAUGCCAAGAUGGACAAGGCGCAAGUCCACAGUAUUGUUCUAGUCGGUGGAUCCACCAGGAUACCAAAGAUUCAAAAACUAUUGCAAGAUUUCUUCAAUGGUAGAGAACUAAACAAAUCUAUCAACCCUGAUGAGGCUGUUGCCUAUGGAGCUGCUGUACAAGCAGCUAUCCUGCACGGUGACAAGUCUGAAGAAGUUCAAGACUUGUUGCUACUUGAUGUUACACCCUUGUCCCUGGGUAUAGAGACAGCUGGAUCAGUGAUGACAACUCUGAUCAAGAGGAACACGACAAUACCAACCAAGCAAACUCAGACAUUCACCACCUAUUCAGAUAAUCAGCCUGGUGUCUUGAUUCAAAUAUACGAGGGAGAGAGAGCAUUGACCAAAGAUAACAAUAUCCUUGGCAAGUUCGAGCUAACUGGCAUUCCUCCUGCACCUAGGGGUGUUCCUCAGAUUGAAGUUACAUUCGACAUUGAUGCUAAUGGUAUUCUGAACGUCUCUGCCAUUGAAAAGUCAACUGGAAAGGAAAACAAGAUCACCAUCACCAACGACAAGGGUCGAUUGUCAAAGGAGGACAUCGAGAGAAUGGUGAAUGAGGCGGAGAGGUACAAAAACGAAGACGAACAGCAACGCGAGAGAAUAUCUGCCAAAAAUGCAUUGGAGUCGUAUUGCUUCAACAUGAAGAGCACCAUGGAAGAUGACAAAGUGAAGGAUAAAGUUGAUGCAUCUGACAAACAGAAGGUUAUCGAUAAAUGUAACGAGGUGAUCGCAUGGUUGGACGCUAACCAGCUGGCAGAAAAGGAAGAAUUCUCCGACAAACAGAAAGAAUUGGAAGCUGUUUGCAAUCCGAUCGUAACGAAAUUGUAUCAGAGCGGCGGAGGUGUACCGCCUGGCGGAUUCCCAGGUGCCCCAGGUGGCGGUGCUCCCACUGGUGGAGCGGGUGGUGGACCAACUAUCGAAGAAGUAGACUAAGCUAUUUGACCGUCCAUAGCACUGAACAAAUACACUUCUUUUCUCCUUUCACAUUUUAUUUAUUUCGUAUACACGCUUUGUACAGUAAUGAGAAUACCCGCUACCUUUGUUUGUACUGGUACUCACGUCGAAAUGUAUUUUUUGUGAGAACGCAAACUUUAUUUUCUGUAAGAAAAUAUUUAAAUUCGUAAUAUAUUAAUUUAUUACAAAAGAGAAACCAC